AUGCAUACCUCCAACAACGUCUUCGCCCUCGUCGCCCUGCCUCUCCUCACCCAAGCCGCUGCUGCUCCCCCCACACCUCCGACAAUCACCCGCCUCGUCUUCUCCGGCACCGGCUGCCCCAACGACUCCAACUCGGUCAAACCAGAUUCCAGCAUCCUCGCCGACGCAGCAAGCGUCACCUACUCGCAGCUCAAGGGCUCCUCGACAGACAACUGCGGCGUGCACAUUCAGUCGUCCGGCGCGAGCCCCGGCUGGCAAGUAGCGGUGCGCCAGGCCGAAUACGUGGGCGACGUUGUGUUGAAGGGGAACAGCGGCUUGGAUACGUAUACGCAGGUUUUUUGGAGUGAGAAUGCGGGGGACACUAGCGUUCUCACAGGCGGACUUACGUCUGCGGGCUCCGACGUCAGAGACUCGGUUACGGUCAGGAGUAAUAAUGCGGCGGAGCUGAGCUGGUCCAGGUGCACGGGUGCAGAUGGGAACCCGGGGAUUCUGAAUGUCAAUUUUCGCCCGGUGGUGCAGGGGGAUUACGGGACGUAUGAUUUUAAGCGGGCGAGCUGGAAGCUCGAGUGGAGGAAGUGCUGA